AUGUCGGCCGCCGCCCCAUCAUCGCCCGCAGUCGUGCGCACUUCUUCUUCUUCGCGCAGAUCAAUAGACAGACCCCAACGCUCCCAGAGCACCCAAAGCCGACCCACGGGACACGCGCCCAGCCGCCAUCAGCAGAGCGGCCUUCCCCCCAACAUCGCCCGCAGAGACUACGAGCAGAGCAACGUCGCUCAAGAGCAGCCAUCACGUCGCAGCGAAGACCCAGCCCGCGCCGAAUCCAGCAGACGAAGCCACUCGCGGUAUGCGUCUGACGCGUCGACGACUUCCGCAAUGCCCAUCAAUGGCGUAGCUGCCGAAGCCAGGCCGAACCAGCCCCAGGCCGUCAACAAGCGCAGAACCACCAUCACUGCACCCAGCACAGGAACAUGGGCGCUAGGAAAGACAAUUGGCGCAGGCAGCAUGGGCAAGGUCAAGCUGGCGAAGAAUGCUGAGACCGGGGAGCAGGCCGCCGUCAAGAUCGUACCCCGACAGUCCCAAGACCAGCACCAGAGUGCCGCCGACCGCGAACGAGCCGACCACUCCAAAGAAGUCCGCACAGCUAGGGAGGCUGCUAUUGUCAGUCUGCUCAACCAUCCCUACAUAUGCGGCAUGAAGGAUGUAGUCCGAACCAACUUUCACUGGUACAUGAUGUUCGAGUUCGUGAACGGCGGACAGAUGCUCGACUACAUCAUCUCUCAUGGCCGCCUCAAGGAAAAGCAGGCGCGCAAGUUCGCUCGACAGAUCGCCAGUGCCCUUGACUACUGCCACAGAAACAGCAUCGUGCACCGAGACCUCAAGAUUGAAAACAUUCUUAUCAGCAAGAUGGGCGACAUCAAAAUUAUUGACUUUGGACUGAGUAACCUAUUCUCACCCAGAAAUCAGCUCAAGACAUUUUGUGGAAGUCUGUACUUUGCCGCUCCAGAACUGCUUCAGGCCAAACAAUACACUGGUCCCGAAGUCGAUGUCUGGAGUUUUGGCAUUGUAUUGUACGUCCUAGUCUGCGGAAAAGUGCCGUUCGAUGAUCAGAGUAUGCCACAGCUUCAUGCGAAGAUUAAGAAGGGCCAUGUUGAUUAUCCUCCGUGGCUAUCUGCGGAAUGCCGCAAUCUCAUCCACAGAAUGCUGCAGACCGACCCGACCCAGCGACUGACUCUCUCGGAAAUCAUGAGCCAUCCUUGGCUCACCAAGGGAUUCAACAGUCCUCCGGAAAACUACUUACCUCAUCGGGAACCCGUGCAACUACCCUUGGACAGUGAGAUUAUCGAGAAGAUGCAAGGGUUCGAUUUCGGUACCACUGAGUACAUCACCACGCAAUUGACCAACGUGAUCCAGUCGGAGGAAUAUCAACGCGCCGUUCGGACAGCCGCUCGCAGGGCAACUGCGCAAACACCAGAAGCGGAGAAGAAGAGGGGCAUGUUCGACUUUUACAAAAGACGUACUUCAAUCGGAAGUCGAGAGCAGUUGACCGCUUCGUCGUCUGAAGAUAUCCAACGGGGAUUGGACCCAGUCAACGCAUACAGUCCUCUCCUCUCGGUCUACUUUCUGGUCAAGGAGAAGAGAGAUCGUGAACGACAAGAAGCUAACCCAGGUCCUGCCGCCAUGCCUCAGGAGCCAGAUGAGAAACCAUUGAAGAUGCCGGAUCUUCCGCCGCCGCCAGCAGCGUAUACCAACUCAGCUGCCUACGAGAUGGCAGGCGAAAAGCCUACAGGUGGAAGGUCACGGCCAAGAGCAAGAACUCAUGGAGAAGAUGAUCUCACCGAAGGUCUGAAAAGGGUGGAUCUUAACAACCCACCCCCAGUGCUGCCGCCUCAGGUUGAGCAGCCAAAGAAGGAGGGUGCUGCAGUUGGCCUGUUGCGCCGCUUCAGUACGAGAAAGUACCGAAGCCAUGACAGAGACCGGGCUGUUGAGCCUAUGCCUCCACCUACUCCGGCGGUUGCAAUUUCUAGUCCUGCCGAGCCUGCUCCAGCGCCAGCCACUGUACCAAGAAAGAGCUUCAGUAUUCGAAGGCCCCGUGGCCGCGACGAAGGUUCUGUUCCGCAUCUACCAGACAGCACGAACAGCGCAAACAAUCAACCCGAAUUACUUUCGCCUCCUGGAAGCGGUAACAGCGCUACCCGGAAGUUGAAGGCACUUGGUCGCUCCACGAGCGUUAACUCGGCUGAUCUCCGGAGACGACUCAGUCGCCGUGGACGAUCUUCGGAAGACCCUGGGAACCCUCCUACCACAAGUGGGUCAGAUAGAUCCGAGCUGAGCGCGCACAAGGCUCGGCCGACCAACGAUGCUGCUUCUGAUGACCUUACAUCGAGCCCGCGACCUAUGCAGGCGUCGCGGGCCAAGUCGCUUGGUCAUGCGCGACGAGAAAGUAUCCAGGCACGAAGAGCAAAGCGAGAGCAAGCCAAGGAGGCAAACGUACCCGAGGAGACAGAUGCAGAGCUUGCAGAAGCGCAAGCAGAAGCUAGUCGAAGUCCAGACGCUGUCAAACCUGUAUUCCUCAAAGGCCUUUUUAGCGUCUCUACGACAAGCACCAAACCGCUACCUGUCAUCCAGGAUGACCUGAUCAGGGUGCUUGAUCAACUUGGUGUUGAGUGGAGUGAGGUCAAAGGUGGUUUCAGAUGUCGACAUGCACCUAGUAUCGAUAUGAACAAGCCUAUGGAUUCGCCAGCUUCUCCGCCAAGCGGAAGCCACAAGAGGAAGAUCAGCUUUGGGGGUUUCAUGGGCGGCGGCGACAGAGAUCGUGAUGAGUUCCGGGACCACAACCGAGCACCACAGACACCGAAAUCCCGAUCACGACCAUCGCCUGCGGACCAGAGCUAUACGAAUACCGACGAGUCUGAUGGCAGCGAAGAACGGGAUGAGCGACGACCACGACGCGCAGUGCCUGCGGGCGAGACUUCGACACAUGUACAGAGCGAUAUGGGCUCGAGCAUGAGUCUUGUGUUUGAGAUCUUGAUCGUCAAGGUUCCGCUAUUAACGCUGCACGGUAUCCAGUUUAAGAAAGUAGAUGGGGGUACAUGGCAGUACAAGAAUAUGGCCCAAACUAUUCUGUCAGAGUUGAGGCUUUGA